ACGCGAAAAUACACGCCCAGUCGUGGCUUUCCCGCUCAUGCCCUUCCCUCGCAGCAUUUUAAUGAGAUUGAGCGGAAGUGCGUCACUCGACUUCCGGUGGUGGCGAGCCAGUCCCUCGGCUUUUCCGCCCGGGCUGUGUUUUGUUUCCGUUGGCCGCUCUGCGUGUUGACGCCACAGUUCAUUUCCGUGCCUGGUGGUCGGAAAGCCGGGAAAAAAAAGCGAACGAAAGAAAAAAAAAAAAAAGGCGGGUUUGCGUCUAAAGAAAAAUAUUCAGCCAUGUCAAAGAGGGAGGCUGAGGAGCUGAUAGAGAUAGAAAUUGAUGGAUCAGAAAAGACAGAAUGCACAGAGGAAAGCAUCAUAGAACAGACCUAUACCACAGCAGAGUUUGUCAGCCAGUCCAUUGAUAUAAAUGAGCCAAUUGGAAAUCUUAAGAAGCUGCUAGAGCCCAGACUACAGUGUUCACUCGAUGCCCAUGAAAUUUGUUUACAAGACAUUCAGCUUGAUCCUGAAAGAAGUUUAUUUGACCAAGGAGUUAAAACCGAUGGAUCAGUACAACUCAGUGUGCAAGUUAUUUCUCAGCAAGGUCUCGAGCCAAAGCUAAACAUACUUGAGAUAGUAAAACCUGUAGAGACUGUGGAAGUGGUGAUCGACCCGGAUGCCCAUCAUGGAGCAGUGGAAGCCGAGCUUGUGGAAGAGGCCCAGGUGAUAACUCUAGACGACACAAAACACGUCACCAUCUCUGAUGAAACCUCAGAACAGGUGACCCGAUGGGCUGCAGCGUUAGAAGGUUACAGGAAGGAGCAGGAGCGCUUGGGCAUUCCAUACGAUCCCCUUCAGUGGUCCACAGAUCAAGUGCUACACUGGGUAUUCUGGGUGAUGAAGGAGUUUGGUAUGACAGAUAUCAAUGUGAAUGCCCUCAGCAUUCCUGGAAGAGAACUUUGUCAGAUCAGUCAAGAAGACUUCUUUCAGAGAGUCCCCAGAGGAGAGAUUUUAUGGAGUCAUCUAGAGCUGCUCAGGAAAUAUGUACUGGCGAGCCAAGAACAUGGAGGAGAAAUUGCAACAGUGACAAUCGAUCAGCCUGUUCAGAUUAUCCCAGGAUCGUUGGCAAAUUCAACUCCUACCACAACUAUAAAAGUUAUAAACACUCAAACCAAAGUAGCAAAAGUACAGCGGGCGCCUCGUAUAUCUGGAGAAGAUAGAAGUUCCCCUGGAAACAGGACGGGAAACAAUGGACAGAUCCAGCUCUGGCAGUUCCUCCUAGAACUUCUCACAGACAAAGAUGCCAGAGACUGUAUUUCUUGGGUGGGAGAUGAAGGAGAAUUCAAAUUAAACCAGCCGGAGCUUGUUGCUCAGAAAUGGGGACAACGUAAAAAUAAGCCCACCAUGAACUACGAAAAACUCAGUCGUGCACUUCGAUAUUACUACGAUGGGGAUAUGAUCUGUAAAGUUCAAGGCAAAAGGUUUGUCUACAAAUUUGUUUGCGACCUGAAGACUUUAAUCGGAUACAGCGCAGCCGAGCUGAGCCGCCUGGUGUCCGAAUGUGAGCAGAAGAAAAUGGCCAAGCUGCAGUUACAUGGUAUAGGACAGCCCGUCACAGCCGUAGCCCUCGCUACAGCAUCACUGCAGUCAGAAAAAGACUAAACCAGGCACUCGGAAUCUCCAGCCUGCACACACGGCCUUCUACCACCAUGCAAGUUCCUCGUCUCAUAGAGCCCCAAGCGCUUUUAUUUUCAGACUGUAUAGUGUUUGGCAUGAUUUUCUACAGAGGACUUUAAUAAAUCUGGAACUUGUUAUUUUUCGUAUUACAAGUUUCUUUGCAAGAGCCCUAAUGGAAGGGGAGCAUGAUAUAUUUUAUAUAUUUUGAAUAUGAACUGAUAAUUUACACUUUUUAGUAAGACUCCAAUUCAGUCCCUCAUGGAGGACAUAUUAUUAUUCAUCCAGAAUGUCACUUAGAAAUAACCUAAACUGUUCCAUGUGUUUGUUUUUUGUUUUUAUUUUUUGCUAUUUUUUUUAUAUAAAUCUGCUGAUCUUCAUCAAUGUUGAGGAUCUUUAAUUAUUGCAUUUUGUUCCUGCUUUAAUAACACUAUACAGUAUAAUUUUCUUAAUGUUUAGAGCUUUUAUGCAUAAACAUAUGAAUCUACUGGCCUUAUAACAAAAGAAAUACAGCCUACCCUAAUAUGUUGUCUACAGGAGACGGGGGCUUAUUCUUGUUUGAUUUAGCUUUAUUACAGAAUAUAAGGAAAUGGUAAUUUAAUGCAUUAUCUGUUUUUAUAUGAAGAGAGGUCCCCAGUGCAAGAUCCUCAACUAAGGCUGCUUCACACUAUAUCAUUUCUCUGUUUUAAAGACCCGUUAUAAUGUUCCUUUAAGGAAACCCUUUAAACCGGCCGUUACAAAAUCCGUCAAGUCUAUGGGACUUUGUGAUUAGCAGUUAUGACCCAUUAUGAAUAACGUACCGUAUAUACUCAAGUAUAAGCCGAGUUUUUCAGCACGAUUUUUCGUGCUGAAAACGCCCCCCGUAGGCUUAUACUCAAGUGAACUCUCCGCCUGUCAAUCCCUUCUCAGUGGUCUUCAACCUGUGGACCUCCAGAUGUUGCAAAACUACAAUUCCCAGCAUGCCUGGACAGCCAUCAGCUGUCCGGGCAUGCUGGGUCGGCUUAUACUCGAGUAUAUACAGUAAGUUAUUUUGUGACUUGAGAAAAAAAACUACAUGCUCCAACUUUCUCCAAAGUCACAAAAUAACAUCCGUUUUUCAUAACUGCAUUAACGGGUCAUAACGGCUA